GGGUUAUCAUUGCUUGGCAAAACCCUAACUGCAACUUCCCAUCAUCAUCCCUCUGAAUUUCUUGGUUCUAAAUAUGGCAGCGAAACGAUUGUUUGGUGAAUCAAGUAGCGACCCAGAUCACCCAAAUGAGAAACGAAUGAGAACUACACCUUCUUUUGCUUCAGUAAUUACAAAAGCGGUUAAGGUGAAUUCUUUACAGAACUUCUGUAAGGUCAUAGAGCCAAUGCUCAGGAGAGUGGUUAAUGAAGAAGUGGAGAAUAGUCUGAAACGAUGUUCAUCAUCACGCCCUUUCACUCGAUCUCCUUCAUUGCGAAUCCAGGCACCUGAGCCAUCACCAUCUAGCCUGCAACUAAAGUUUAGAAAGGAUCUUUUGCUCCCAAUAUUUACUGGGAGCAAAAUCGUUGAUAUAGAUAAUUCACCCCUUCAAAUCCUUUUAGUAGAUACAAGAGGUGAUCCGAUGUGUCCAACAUCUCUCCCUCACCCAAUCAAAAUAGAAAUCCUCGCUCUUGAUGGAGAUUUCCCUUCUGAUGAUCGGAAUACUUGGAGUAGUGAAGAGUUUGACAACAAUAUAUUGAAGGAGAGAACGGGCAAGCGGCCUUUGCUUGCAGGAGAUUGCUUGAUGGUCACCUUAAGAGAUGGAAUUGCACCACUUGGAGAGAUUGAGUUCACCGAUAAUUCGAGCUGGAUUAGGAGUAGAAAGUUUAGGCUUGCUGCAAGAGUGGUUUCAGGGAGCUCCCCUGGUGUUCGGAUUCGUGAAGCAAUGACUGAAGCUUUUGUUGUCAAGGAUCAUCGCGGAGAAUUGUACAAGAAGCAUCACCCACCAAGGUUGAAUGAUGAAGUAUGGCGUCUUGAGAAGAUUGGGAAAGAUGGAGCUUUCCACAGAAAGCUAGCUGCUGAGGGCAUUAAUACUGUUCAAGAAUUCUUGAAGUUGUCCACUGUCGACCAACAAAAGCUUAGAAGGAUUUUAGGUCCUGGGAUGUCCGAGAAAAUAUGGGAAGUAACAAUAAAGCACGCGAGAACAUGUGAGCUGGGAAACAAACAUUACAUUUUUCAAGGAGAGAAUUUGAUUGUCACAGUAAACCCCAUAUGCGAAGUUGUUAGUGCCACUAUUAAUGGACAAACAUACUCUACUUCGGAUCUUCCACCAAUUUAUGGGGGUUACAUUCAGAAUGUGAUGAGACAAGCAUAUGCAAAUUGGAGCUCAUUACAAGAGGUUGUUGGAGUUUCAAGUGAGAUUGCUUUGCUCACUCAAGGUGAGCUACUGGAGGAGUACCCCAAUCACCACCCUCAAGCAAAACACUUUCAUCACCAUAUUGGGUACUCAUCUGAUCAUAGAUUUAAUAUUGGGAUGGGGGACCAAUACCAACCCAGUAGUAGUAAUGCAACUCUGGGUUACAGCAAUUGGCAGCUUACAGCAUCAGAGGGUGAUUUGACGCCUAGGCCUUAUAUCAAUGGGAAUUGAUGGUAGAUUAGGUGUCCCACUGAACUGUAAAUAGUAAACAAAAGGAGUCAAAGCUGCUUGGAUGUGGCUAAUAGCUAGUUUUAUGAUCAAGUGUCUUUCUUAUGUUGUAAUCCUGUUAUCAGAAAUCAGAAGUUUUAACCUGAGGCAACCUUUUUUCUUAAAAAAUGUUGGAUGUUGCCUUAUGUAGUUCACCUUA